AUGUCAUCACUAAAUGACAAAUUACUCUUCGCUCAACAACAGCUUACUCAAUAUAUAUUUUCAUCGUACCUCAUUUUCGGUAUGACAGGUUGUUCUCUCAAUAUCAUACUACUUAGUCGACGGCGCUUUCAAACAGUAUCUUGUUGUGUCUAUUUCAUCAUGUCAUCGAUAGCAAUGUUAAUUGCUCUACCCAUGGGUGUUGGAACGUAUGUAUAUGCACUUCGGCAUGACGAUCCAUAUACAACGAAUCAAGCUUUCUGUAAGCUUCGCACCUAUGCACUUCAAUCUAUGACAAUGAUAUAUCGAUGGUGUAUCACUGCUGCAUGUGUCGAUCGUUGCAUGUUGAUUUCAACCAAUGUUCGACUAAGAAAUUUCGCCUCCGUUCGUAUUGCUCAGCGUGUCAUUGUAUUGAUUGUCAUCAUCUGGUCGACUUUACCAAUACAAGUUCUCGCACUAAUCGAUUUGAGGGAUGAUCGAUGUGGCGUUUUAUAUAACUUGGGUUUAUCGCUGUAUUUCAGUUUUUAUACAAUAACAGCAGGAAGUAUUCUUCCCGUCUCAAUUAUGAUCAUUUGUGCUGUGCUCAUCUUUCGAAAUCUUGAGAUGAGACGGCAACACCGUCAUCAGCUUGCUGUUAAUCAAUAUGAUCGGUUAGAUCGAAAACGUGAUCGACAGGCUUUUAUCAUGCUUUUAUUUCAAGCAGUCGUAUUUCUCAUAACUCAGACACCGCUCAUGCUCUUAUUCUUUUGUAAUGCUGCAAUGAUUCAUGUCACGAAUAAGUCAGCCGACCAAGUAGCAAUUGAACGGUUUACGGCUUUUAUGGCCGAUAUGAUCUUAUAUCUUUUUCCUACUAUAUCAUUCUAUUUAUAUACAAUGGCGUCACGUCAGUUCCGUCGCGAAUUUAUCGACUUAUUCCGUUCUGCGAUAAGACAUCGAUAUCAAAACAAUAUCAACCAAGUGAACCCCGUAUACUAA